UCUUCAUUCCUUAAUUUCAUAAGUAUUAUAACUAAGCUUUGAACAAAGAAAGAAAAUAUGGGUUCUAAGGCAUUUCUGUUUCUUGGCCUUUGUUUGGUUGUUUUUUUCUUGAUAAGCUCUGAGGUCGUAGCUGCAGAAUUGGCUGAGACUUCCAACUCAAUGAAAUCGGAUAACGAGAAUGAAGUACACGUUGAGGGACGUAGCGGAAACAAUGGCGUUGGCAAUGAUGGAUAUUAUGGAGGUGGCGGUGGUGGUGGUUAUAAACGCAGAGGAUGCCGCUAUGGUUGCUGCAGAAAAGGUUACCAUGGUUGCAAAAGGUGUUGCUCCUAUGCAGGUGAGGCAAUGGAUAAAGUCACUGAAGUCCAGCCUCACAACUGAUUAUUAUAUGUAAAGAGUUUAAGUUAUAUAUACCGUUAGUAUAUAUAACCUUGUACGCACUAUGUAGUGACAAGAUGUAAUAAUCUUGCUACUUUAGACCUUGCUUGUAACAAGUAUGAAUAAAGCCAUUCGGUUCUUAUGGAUGGUUGGUCAUGUAAUGUUUUGUUGUACAAUAUAUUGUGAUAAUAUGUUUCCAUAUUGUUUAUUUUCGUCA